AUGGAUGAGGAACUUUCAGAAUUAUGGAGUAAGUUUUCAUUAACAGAAGAGGAAAGGUAUGAAAUUGUAAUCACUGACCAUGACAUCGAUAACAAUAUGAAGAGAGGGAGGUUGUGUCUGGUGGGAAAAGUAAUAGCUGAUAAAAAGAUUAAUAAGGAUGCGUUCAAAAACACGUUGUUAAAAGUGUGGAAAGCCUGUGUUGGAGUGAAAAUUCAUGAGGUAGGAGACAAUCUUUAUGUGUUUGAAUUCCAAACUGAGGAAGAUUUGAAUAAAAUCUGGGGAGGUCAGCCUUGGUUAUUUGAUACUAAUCUGGUUUGCAUAAAAAAAUUCAAUGGUGUUACUCCACCAGCUGAUCUGAAUUUUAAUUCCACUACCUUGUGGGUCCAACUUCAUAAUCUACCUCUUGGAUGCAUGAAUAAGGAAAUUGGAGGUAGGAUUGGAUCCACUAUUGGUAAAGUUAUAGAGGUGGAGGCUGAUUAUGAUGAGAAUUGUUAG